GUACAAACACGAGCUCUCUUUCCUUUCCCCCUCUUCUUGUUCUCAUCGCGUCUCGUCUCGUAUAUGAUUUAAUCCUGGCCUCUAGUUACCUGUCUGUUGUUUGUGCUCGAGUAGGUUCGAGGCAGCGGCGAAGCAGCGGCGACGAGGAAGGGAUCUGCGGUACCAAAAGUAAUUUUGUCGGGCCGAUUCUUUUCUUGUGAUCGUAUCAAAGGCGCGAAGUCAGUGGGUUGCCUUCUGUGUCGAGAUACUUAAGGUGAGGGAUUUGGUUUGGAGGGUUUGAGGAAAAGCAGCAAAGAUAGGUUUUUUGAGCUUAACGGUAGUCAAUUAUAUGUGCGCGGUUCUGUGAUGUCAUUUACAUACCUCUUGUGCCAUUUUCAUUCUCUGUUGCUGUUGUUACAAUUGAGUUAAGCCCGAUGUCAUUUCGAAGCAUAGUUCGUGAUGUAAGGGAUAGUUUUGGUAGUUUAUCAAGGCGGAGUUUCGAAGUAAGACUCUCAGGCUUUAAUGGGCGUCACAAGGGAAAGUCUCAAGUUGCUGGUCAUGAAGUACAUGAACCUAAUCAAGCUAUCCAACAAAGCUGCUGGGCUAGCCUUCCUCCUGAACUACUUCAUGAUGUAAUUAGAAGGUUAGACGAAAGUGAACCGACAUGGCCAUCUCGCAAGAGUGUGAUCUUUUGUGCAGCUGUUUGCAAAUCUUGGAGGCAGAUGUGUAAAGAGAUUGUUCAACGUCCAGAGCAUUCUGGGAAGCUCACUUUUCCUGUAUCUUUAAAACAGCCUGGAGCUCGAGAUGGGAUGAUCCAGUGCUUCAUUAAGAGGGAUAAGUCAAGGUCGACUUAUCAUCUCUAUUUAUGCCUUAGUCCUGCUGUGCUUGUUGAGAAUGGGAAGUUUCUCUUAUCUGCUAAAAAGAACAGAAAAACUACAUGUACAGAAUACACAAUUUCAAUUGAUGCUGGCAACAUAUCAAGGUCAAGCAGUGCAUAUAUUGGGAAGUUGAGGUCAAAUUUUGUUGGCACAAACUUCAGAAUCUACGACACUCAGCCUCCAUAUGAAGGGGCUGCUCUUUCUCCUCCUGGUGGAAUAAGCCGAAGAUGGUACUCAAAGAAAGUUUCACCCAAGGUGCCGUCAGGUAGUUAUCCCAUAGGUCAGGUGACAUACAGAUUGAACGUGCUAGGAACACGAGGACCACGAAGAAUGCAGUGUGUCAUGCACUCCAUUCCAGUAUCAGCACUCGUACCUGGUGGUACAGUCCCUGGCCAACCUGACAAUCUCGUUACACGCUCCUUGGAGGAUUCCUUCCGCAGCCUUUCAUCCAUUUCCUCUUACAUGGAUCAAUCCUCCGAAUUCAGCAGUGCUCGUUUCUGCAAUAUCACUCAAGAGGUACUUGCAGAGACUGAUGUCAAGAUGAAUCCAUUGGUACUCCACAACAAGCAACCUCGGUGGCACGAGCAGCUGCAAUGCUGGUGCCUCAACUUCCGGGGCCGUGUCACAAUUGCCUCAGUGAAGAAUUUCCAGUUGAUUGCAGCGACACAGCCGGCCACUGCCACUGCUAGCCUGGCAACUGCAUCACAGCCAGCUGCGCCAGGGCGGGACAAGAUCCUACUGCAGUUUGGAAAGGUUGCAAAAGACACUUUCACAAUGGACUAUCGCUAUCCGCUCUCCGCAUUCCAAGCUUUUGCCAUCUGUUUAAGUAGCUUCGAUACCAAAUUGGCCUGUGAAUAGAAUAAGAACUGGCAAACCAGGUACCCCUACCUGCUUCAUCUUUCUCAUUCUUGCCAUUGCCAUGUGUGUUGUGCAAAUUGGACUUGUAAUUCUGAACUGCUUAUUUGUCAAUGGGAAUGGUGUUUUGUGGACGUUCCAUGUGAUGCACCAACUGGCUGAAAGCAUGGAAACUGACAACAUGAGUAGGCAGUUCCCUGUAUGCUUUGAGCAUUUCCUGCUCAAUUGAUUGUUUUUAUUUUCUUGAUAACUAGUCAGUGUCAGUGAUUCUGAUGAACUGGCAGCCCA